CGCCAUCGAGCUUGCAAACAUAUACAACGUCACAACGCUGCAUCCCACUCUGGAAAGAUGGGCAAGAACACCGACAAACUGUAUAUUACACACUCCGAGUGGUCCUCCUCCGACAGCUUCAGCGCCUCCCGCGGCGCCAACACGGGCAGCGACGCCAGCAAGGCCGCAUCCUUCAAGCGCCUCCCCUUCAACUACUGCGCCGUCUCGCUCCAGCCAUUCACCGAUCCCGUCUGCACGGCCUCGGGAACCAUAUUCGACCUCACGCACAUCCUGACAUGGCUGUCGAAACACCCAGACACGAAUCCCGUGGACGGCACGCCGCUGAAGCGCUCUGACCUCAUCGCGCUGCACUUCGCGAAGAACGACGAUGGCGAGUACGUCGAUCCCGUGACGUACAAGGUCUUCACGGACAACACGCACAUUGUGGCGCUGCGGAACACGGGCAAUGUGUUUUCGUGGGAGACGGUCGAGCGGCUCAACAUCAAGGCGAAGAAUUGGCGGGAUCUGGUCAGCGACGAGGAGUUCAGCCGAAAGGACAUCAUCACCUUGCAGGAUCCGCAGAACAUUGAGUCGAGGAACUUCGGGGCCUACAAGCACAUCAAGGAUGGGGAGACGGUGGUGCCGGAGGAAGAGAGUGGGGUGAAUCCCGAGGCGCUGGGGAGCGCGGGGAAGAUAGUGAAGGCAAAGGAGGCUGUGGCACGAGCGAGGGCGGAGCGAGCUGCGAAAGCGCAGGCAGAGGCGAAUGGAAAGGCACAAAGUAAGGCUCUGGCCGCUACGACAGCCCAAAAGAACGGCAGUGCGGCCUCCAGAUUCGCCACACCUGCAAAAGCGGCGUACAACGCUGCCGUCUACACGUCUGGCAAGGCCGCCGCAUCGUUCACGUCCACAGGCGUCACUCCGCACACGUCGGGCGAGCGCGCUAUUCUGUCCGACGAGGAGUACAUGCUCAAGCCGAAGCGCGUCAAACACAAGGGCUACGCACGAAUCGUCACCUCUCUAGGCGACCUGAACAUCGAGCUCCUUCCCGAAUUCGCUCCCCGCGCAGUGUGGAACUUCGUCAAGCUCGCGAAAUCGGGGUACUACAACGGAACCAUUUUCCACCGCAACAUCAAGGGCUUCAUGAUCCAGGGCGGGGAUCCUACGGGUACUGGCCGGGGCGGGCAGAGCAUUUGGGGGAAGCCAUUCAACGACGAGUUUGAUGGACCUGAGAAGCACGAUAAACGCGGGGUGCUGAGCAUGGCGAAUAAGGGAAAGAACACCAAUACCAGUCAAUUCUUCAUCACCUACCGGGCGACACCGCACCUGGAUCGGAAGCAUACCAUUUUUGCGCGCGUUGUGGGCGGGCUAGAUACCACGCUUACAGCGAUGGAGAGGGCGGAGGUCGGAGAGAAGGAUAGGCCGGUUAGGGACAUUGAGAUUGUGGAUGUGGUGGUGUUUGUGGACCCGUUUGAGGAGUGGGAGAAGGAGCGGAAGGAGAAGGAGACGAAGGAGGCUGAGGAGGAGGAGAUCAAGAGGCAGGGUGGGAGGGCAGAUGAGAGGACGACGUGGACGGGGAAGAGAAUCAGAGGAGACGGCACUGUGGAGAGUGGGGAUGGGGGUGGGUUGGGCGUUGGAAAGUACCUGCAGGCUGCGAAGAGGGAGCAGCAGCAGCAACAGGAAGAUGAGGUUGUGGCAGAGUGGGACGAGGAGGUGGAUGUGCCCGUGAAGAAGAAGUCGAAGGUGGGAGGAGGGUUUGGCAACUUUGAUAAUUGGUGAGAUGCAUUGCUUCCGGGUGUGAAGUGGCAUGUUCGUUUCUCUGAAAAAGCUUGAUGAUACCCCAUGUACUUAAUAGAUUGUACGAUUUUUAGCCAUGUGCAGGCGUGGAUGGCUUCCGCCCAACUCUUCUGUGCCGUCGACACAUGUUUGAAGAUCGGACACCGGGUCUUAUCACCGACUAGGUCAGAGUAAGCACGAGCCCAAAGG